CUUAGUUCGCUUCCUCCCUUUUCAGCCACUGAUGAUGCAUAAUAUCACCUGAUAUGAUUAUUACAUUCUCUUUCUUCUUGAUUCCAGAGUUUGAGUUUUUGAAUGAAUCCAGAUGGUUCGAUUGGCUAAAUCCUGUACAGAUCAUUGAUUUGAUUUUGAAGAGAUGAAGAGAAGUCGUCUUCCUUUUGGUUGGGAGCGGGAUUGGCUGAGGCCUCUGAUUGUGAGCUCUGUGCUUUUUGUUUUUCUGUUUCUUUUGGUGGCUCUAGGGCAUGGAAGAUCUUCAUCCAGCGCCGAUGUAGCUUCCCGACAGCAAUCGACGGGUUUGUAUCGAAAGACUGGAACCGACGUCCAGCUAUUAAAGCUUCCGAAGUUGCCGAAAUUCGCUUACUUGAUUUCUGGAUCCAAGGGGGAUGGACAACGGUUGAAACGAGUUCUGCAGGCGGUUUAUCACCCUUGGAAUUAUUAUUUGUUGCAUCUUGAUCUGGAGGCUCCUCUGACUGAACGACUUGAGCUGGCCAAGUAUGUAAAGUCGGAUGCGGUAUUGAGGAAGUUCGACAAUGUUUGGGUUGUUGGGAAAGCCAACUUGGUAACCUAUAAGGGUUCCACUAUGAUUGCUUGCACGCUUCAUGCCGUCGCUAUUUUACUGAAGAAGGCCAAGGAUUGGGAUUGGUUCAUUAAUCUAAGCGCGUCAGACUAUCCCCUCAUGUCGCAAGAUGACCUUCUUCAAGUUUUUUCUUAUUUGCCUAGGGAUCUGAACUUUCUUGAGCACACAAGUAAUAUUGGGUGGAAGGAGUUUCAAAGAGCUAGGCCAAUUAUGAUAGAUCCAGGAUUUUAUCAUUCAAAUAAAUCUGGUGUAUUUUGGGCAAAGGAGAGAAGGGCUAUGCCUUCUGCUUUCAAGUUAUUCAUGGGUUCGGCGUGGGUAGUACUGACAAGAUCAUUCCUGGAAUUUUGUGUGUGGGGCUGGGAUAACCUCCCUCGAACCCUACUCAUGUACUAUACAAACACCCUGUCAUCCCCAGAGGGCUACUUUCAUACUGUCAUUUGUAAUUCCAAAGACUACCAGAACACAACGGUUAACCAUGACUUGCACUAUAUAAGGUGGGAUAAUCCUCCAAAGCAGCAUCCAAUUACCCUAAAGUUUGAACAUUUUGAUGAGAUGGUCCAGAGUGGGGCCCCUUUUGGACGUAAAUUCAGAAAAGAUGCUGCCAUUUUAAACAGAAUUGAUUGGAAGCUCUUGAGGAGAUCAGAUGGCCGGUUUACACCAGGGGGUUGGUGCAUGGGGAGUUCUUUUCUGGGUAGAGAUCCCUGUACAAUUUACAGGAACCCAGACAUUAUUAAACCCACCCUCAGUACCAAGAGGCUGGAGAAACUAUUAGUGAAGCUUCUUGAUCCUGAAACUUUCAGGUCCAGACAAUGUAAAUAGCUGUAUAUAAUUAAACUUGCACUUGUCUCUAUGUUUUAUUGGAAGUAGCCAUGCAUCUAGAUGUAUUUGAUACUCAAUAUGGAUCAUGUAACUAACAGCUGCAUUUUUCACAGAUUUUGGUAUAUGUGAUGCAAUGAAACAGAAGUCGGUGCAAA